AUGACGGCGGCGGCGGCGGCGACACCCGCUCCCACGAUCACCACAGCGCCCGUCUACCUGCCGCAUUACAAUAAUGAGAGUUGGAAGCCUGUGCGGGGGAGCAUCCUAGGGAUCGACUCCACCGCCAACGAGACGACGUACACCAUCUUCUGCCCUUCUGCCACGCAGCCGACCUGCGAUCUCAAUGUCGAGAUCCCCUUCAUCAUCGUCAACGGACCCGGAACGGUGCACUGGUCGGGAUCCAUCACUUCACAAUUUACCGCCUACCUGGGAUGCGACCUCGUCGGAACCACUGAAGCCACAUGCUCGGGCUACUCGAGCUACGGCCCCAGAUUCCCACCCGGCCCACCGAGCCAAUCGACCAAGAUCAACUGGACCUCGACCCUGUCCGGAUCGGCCGUGCAGUGGGGCACGCUGACCUUGGUCGACCUCCCAGCAACGGCCACCGACGACGGUAGCUCCUCGUCGGGUUCGCCUACGGCCCAGACAUCGAACGAGUUCUACUAUACGCCCGAACCCACGAAUGCGGGGACGCGACCUACGCUCAGCUUGUGGUCCGUCUCGGCAGCCUCUCUCGGCUCUCUCCUUCUCGCGGCAGGCUUCGUGUCCGUCUGA